AGGGAGGUCAAAAGGGAUUUAAAGAUAAAUGCCUGACAGCAGGAAAGCUUGUAAUCUGUUGCAGGGUUAUAACGUGAAGCAAUAGAUGUUCACAAUAUAUGAUCACAGAAGGGCAGGAAAAAAUAUGAAAUAUCUUGUGUCUGGUAUGACAGCAGGUCCUUCUUUGAUUUUUCUAGGAGGAAUUUCCUCAGAUGAGAUCAGAGUCCCCAAAAGAUUUAUUUGCCCAAGGUCAUAUAGAAAUCAGAUCUGCCUUACCUUUCAAGUCCCUUUAUAGCCUCCUCGGUAAGUUGCCCCCAGGCACUGUCAUCCUGGGCUCCGGUUUUCAGCCCCUUCCUCCCUUGGGGCUCAUCUGGACACCUGUAGUUCCUUGGACGUCCCACAGGAACCCCAAAUCCAUCCCCAUCUGAAGCAGAAUCCUACUCUACUCCCAUGUCCUACUCCUGCCUCUCCCCAGUUUUCGGUCUUGUGAAUGAUCUUAUCGGCCACCAUUAGGAAUGAAAGGGACAUGGGGCUUUCCUUGACUCUCCCUUAUAAUCCCCACAUCCAGUUUGGGGCACAUCUUUUUGAUGCUGCCUCCUCGGUGUCCCUUGAGGGCACUCUCCUUCCCAGUACUGCCCUGUCCGGUGUCCGCAAACUCUCGCCCUAGAGUCAGUCCUACAGCAGGCGCCAGUGUAUUCCGCCGGACGGCUCCCUCACAGGGACUGGUCUGACCCCAGGAUCUGGGCAUCCUAAUCCCGUUAGCAGCUGCCACGCGUGGCCUGUGGGGUGAAAUGCAGACCCCCUAGCACGAUUGCGCGGGAACCCUCCAGGUCUGAUCCCCGUCAUCGGCCGCUCAGCUCUGCCUUCCUCACCUGGCGUUGAGUCCCCCGGGUCCUCAUCUGCUAUCCGGCUGACCAGUUCAGAACUUGCUUUACCUGAAGCACCUUCUGAGUGACAAGUCUCUUCCUGCCUGGUCUCAUUCUCAUCCCUUCCCCCCAGCCCUCCUCCCUGCCCCCGGGGCUGGACUCCAGGCUGUCCUGUCCUCAGAGGCUGCCAUUGUUUCUCUGGCUGUGCCCCCUUGCGACACCAGCACGCCUCGCUGUGCCUGACACUCCGAGGCACCAGGGAGUGUCUGCCUUGUGAAUGAGGCCACAGAGCAAAGAGUCUCCCAACUCGUCUCACUUCUGAGCUGAUGCCUUUCCCGAGGCGUUGGGACCAUUUCCCACUCGCUCUGCCAUCAUUCAUGUUGGUGUUUCCCAUGCUCCGUUCACUGCUCUGCCCGGACUCUGCCUGACCAAAGUUUGUUGAGUCGAGCCCAUUUCCUCAUCAGCAAACCAGGAGUGCCAGACUGCGUGUCAUCUGGGGUCCCCCGGCCAUCCCAGAGUUGCGGGAUAACAGGCCUCCCUUCCAAUCUGCCCCCCCCCCCCCAGAGAGCGUCUUGUGGCAGCAGAGAGAGCCCAUUGGGGCAGCACCGGGUCCCACACGGUGUCUGAUGGCCGGCCGCUGUGCUGCUCACGGUGCAGGGCGUGGAGAGUCUCGGAGGCAAACACGGGAAUGCCCAGAGAUACGCAGGCGGUAUCUCCUGAGUCUGGGCUGAGUCACAGGGUAGGUGCUGUCGAAAGAGGCAGCCUGCCCGCCCUGCAGACUCAGAUGCCUCUCGGGCAGGAAGGCGCGCUGGUCGCUGUCCGGGUCUGCCCUCUUGCCUGUUGUGCGGUUUUGGUAGAACGUCAUGACAUGAAUACCUUAAGCUUGCCCCUGAGCAUUCGCCGAGGGGGGUCAGACACCAACCUCAACUUUGACGUACCAGAUGGCAUCCUGGACUUCCACAAGGUCAAGCUCAGUGCAGACAGCCUGAAACAAAAAAUUCUGAAGGUGACCGAGCAGAUAAAAAUUGAGCAGACGUCCCGCGACGGCAACGUCGCUGAGUAUCUGAAACUGGUCAGCAGCGCGGACAAGCAGCAGGCCAGCCGCAUCAAACAGGUCUUCGAGAAGAAGAAUCAGAAAUCCGCUCACUCCAUUGCCCAGCUGCAGAAGAAAUUAGAGCAGUAUCACAGAAAGCUCAGGGAGCUCGAGCAGAACGGAGGCCCCAGAAGCUCCAAGGACAUUUCCAAAGACAACCUCCACGCUCUGAGAGAUGCCGCCGCCAAGUCUCGAACUGCCCCCCACAGCACGGAGUGCGCGAAGUCGGGCAUGCCAGGCGUGUCCCUCACUCCUCCCGUGUUCGUCUUCAACAAGUCCAGAGAGUUCGCCAACCUGAUCCGGAAUAAGUUCGGCAGCGCCGACAACAUCGCACACUUGAAGAACUCCUUGGAGGAGUUUCGGCCGGAGGGCAGUCCCCGGGCCUAUGGGGGCAGCGCCACCAUCGUGAACAAACCCAAGUACGGCAGCGACGACGAGUGUUCGAGCGGCACGUCGGGCUCCGCCGACAGCAACGGGAACCAGUCCUUUGGGGCCGGCGGCGCCGGUGCGCUGGACAGCCAGGGCAAGCUGACCGUGAUCCUGGAGGAACUGAGGGAGAUCAAGGACACGCAGGCUCAGCUGGCCGAGGACAUCGAAGCGCUCAAAGUGCAGUUCAAGAGAGAGUACGGCUUUAUUUCUCAGACCCUGCAAGAGGAGAGGUACAGGUACGAGCGCCUGGAAGACCAGCUCCACGACCUGACUGACCUGCAUCAGCACGAGACCGCCAACCUGAAGCAGGAGCUGGCCAGCAUCGAGGAGAAGGUGGCCUACCAGGCCUAUGAGCGCUCACGGGACAUCCAGGAGGCCCUCGAGUCCUGCCAGACGCGCAUCUCCAAGCUGGAGCUGCACCAGCAGGAGCAGCAGGCUCUGCAGACAGACACCGUGAACGCCAAGGUUCUCCUGGGAAAGUGCAUCAACGUGAUCCUGGCCUUCAUGACCGUCAUCCUCGUGUGCGUGUCAACCAUUGCCAAAUUUGUCUCGCCCAUGAUGAAGAGCCGCUUUCACAUCCUCGGCACCUUCUUCGCCGUGACUCUUCUCGCAAUAUUUUGUAAAAACUGGGACCAUAUCGUGUGUGCCAUAGAAAGGAUCAUAAUACCCAGAUGAAGCCACUGGUGCCUGUCUUCACGUUCACUCAUGUUUCUGUGUUAAGGAAAACUCUGUGCAUUACCACCAAAUCUGAAAGCGAACCGUUGUGCUGACUAGAGCCCACCAGGCCUGGGCCGCGCGUUGUAAAUAUCUCCAGGCCUCCUCACACCGCAGCCGCUGCCGGCUCAGCCCCUGUGCUUGGUGAACGUGGACCUGUUGCCAAGCUCGCCCCACGUCGCUCACUGCCUUAAUGAGACCAGAUUUCCUGCCCACCUGACUAGCCCAACAUGGUAAACCUGUGGUCCUUGAGCGUUUGGUGUGAUUAAUGACCCACAAGAAAUGGGGUGUUAAGUCUCUGUCUCCCUUAAGUUUCUGUCAAAAUUGAGCUUCAUAGUCACUGGUGGUGGUGUUCUCCCCAAGUCCCGUAAGCAGCAAGGCUGUGGCAGGACUUGGGCAGGGGACAAAGUGUGGGCAUUGGCCACGGGGAACACUUGUGGCCUACAGAGGUACAGUAGAUCCUGUGUAAUCCAUUGCGCUGGUUCCCAGAUAACGCCGGGUCUCAGGUGUUCCCCUUGUCCUCAGUGGUCCAUUGUGCGGGGCUUGCCACAACGUGGAAAUCUUACAGCACGUUUGUCUAUCCGUGGAAGUCUAACUUAGGUGUUUUCUUGCACUUUAAAUGGUAAGACAGGAAGAUCCAAGAGUGGGGUUUUCGCCUCCUUACACCCAGGAAGCUGCACGCCCAAUUCUAUCUUAAGUAGAAGGCUCUCGAGUGCCUGGCCUUUAAGCACGUAGAAAUGCUUCCAGAUCCCACAUCAGACUGUGGCUCGAGCGGGAGUGUAGGCUCCGGAGGUUUGCGCUGCGCUGAGUCUUGAUUGUGAUAACCCCCCGUGGGGGUGUGGUUCACUUUACUCCUCGGCCUAGGGAGGGUUGUAAAGCUUACCACGCAGGUGAACACCAGUGAUGCUCGUGUUGGGGGGGUUUUUUCUCCCCCUUUAAGAAGGAUGACAGAAUUGUAUCGUGUGAGGUGAAAUGCACUGAGGUAGGGGCACUGGAAGUGGGAGGAAAACAGGGUGUGUGGUCUCGGGGGUGGCAGUCAGAUGAAGACCGAGAAGGUCUUCUGAGGACGCCCGCUGAGACCAGCCGCUGUCUGAUGAAUUAGAUCCAGUGUCUGCACCGAGGUUGUCCAUGGUGUUGUAGGGGCUCACUGAGAUGCCACGGGAAGGGAGUGGCCAUGCUUCUUCCCCUGAGGUGAAAGCCUUCAGAAGUUAACAUCUUCUGCCUGUUUGGGUGAUGCUGCUUACUACUUUCGGCCCAGAUACACUCUCCUUUAAAUCUUUUUCUCUCAGCUGAUACUUCCCUUUAAAUCUUUUUCUCUCUGCACCUAACGAAGACGAAGAUAGAAGGUUUUAAUGGAAACUGCUGUUCAGUCCCUCCUCCCACCAUCCACUCUGUUAUCUGAAGGCGUGGAGAUGUAUGUUAGUGUACAUUUUCUUCCAGAAAACAUCGAAUCGCCUGGAUUUAAAUUAAGUGCAAUAUUUUGCGAACAGCUGCUCUGAGGGAAACUCCUGAAAAAAAUGUGACAGUGUGCCGUGGUUUGAGAGAAUGGAAUAGUCGAGCAUUUGGUCCAAGUCCAGUGUGUGUGAGACUCAGACAACUCAAGCUUUCUUCUUCAUCUUUUUUUAACUUUACAGUUCAGUGGUUUUAGUAAAUUCCCAAAUUUAUGCAACUCUUCCCACUAUCUAAUUCUGGACUCAAGCUUUUUCAAACAGUAGGCAUCACUCGAUGACAUCUUUGGCUGUACGGAUUGUGGACUCAGGGACGAAGGAGCUCCCAGCCCCACCCCCAUCUCAUGGCUGUGUCCCCUUCCACUGUCAGACCCUCCCUUGUUCUGCCAAGUUGGCUGUAAAUACACUGUGAGCCAUCGAAUCCAGGGGACAAAAGAGUUCCAGAUCCAGGGAAGAGAGGGAGAGAAAAUGGUGUGCUUCCUUUUGCUUCUACAUUUUAAUGGCCAGCAUUCCCCAUUGCCUGUAGGCAUCAGGCUUCAUUUGGCCGAGGGCUGGCUGCCCCUUCCCUUGGAUCAAGCUGGACCCUGGUGGGCACCCUUCAUGUCUGUGAAUCUUUCUGAGGCCCUCUGGACAUGCCAGGGCUUGCAGCGGAGGUUGCUGCCCCUGUUUGUUUAGAGCGAGUGAGGGAGGCGGCUAACCCGCAGGCUGCCAUACUCUGCUCAUCGCUGGCUUUGAUGCUUCCCAGACCUUUCCAGACGCUUCCCUGACGCUUCCAGACCAGUGGGGAGGAGGCAGCGUGUCUCCUCCCCACUGGGAGAAGCAGGGAAGAAAAUGGAAAGGGGCACACUCCACCCCCUCCUGUCUGGAGCUGGGAACAGAAGCUGCUAGAAACUGGCUCUGUUCUGAAAUGUUCUAGGGUCUAAAUCAUCCCACCUGAUCAUGACUUCUUUGCACAGAAUUUGUAUUUCCAGUGAUUCUCAUUAGAUGUCAGAUAAUCUUAUUUUCACCUGGAUAUGCUCAACCUACGUGGCAUAUUUAUUUUUGAGUCUUGUUGAAAGUUCAUGAAGCUUUUUAAUAAGCUGAUAUACUCCAAGGAGACCUUUCUUUACUCGCUGCAGUUUACCGUUCUCUUCUUAAGGAAAUAAACCCUCCCGUUGUGUGUUUUCUUGCCUGCGUAAAGGGAGUAAAUAAAAUUUUAUAAAUUAUUCAAUUCAAAAUUGUGAUCCAGCUAGGACAUAUCCUGGAAUUGGUCAUUUACAUUUAAGUCAACUAAUUUUUCCCCCCAUCCUUCGUUGGUAGGAAACCUCUUGUACAUACCUGAGGACAGACUCAGUCGUGAGGUGGGCAGACACCUGCUCCCUUAGCGAACUGGACAUUGCAUUCUAGCACAGGUUUUUUUGGUGACAUAUUGUUUUCAUGAUCACCAAGAUAAUGAUAGUUUGCUGGGGACAAAACAGAAACCCAAAAAUACUCUUCUGUGGGCUUUAAAUUGGUUACUCCAGCUUAGGUUUUGAGUAUGAUGGAGCCAGAACAAAACAUCCUACCCCCCCCCCCCAAUUCAAACCGCAAUGAAGCAGUAAAUAAAAGUACUCCAUUGCUGGUUUUGUGCAGAGAAUGGGAUCAGUCCCAAGUUUUUGACAUGUACCAUUAGUGGUUUUGCUUCUGUGAUCAUGGUGAGCUAUUGAGAGAUUCUCUGAAACUCCCCACCCCUUCCCCCAUAAUGCAGUUACCCCAUCAAUCAAUUAGCAUCCAUGGGACCUCAGCCCCUCUGCUUUGUCACUCUUGUUUUCAUGGAAAUAUUGCCCUGUUAGGUAUGUUGAUUGCCCUGCCAUUUCUCCAGCAUAUCAGGUUUAAUUAUAGGAUCGAUAACAGUGACGGGAAUUGGAUUCCCUUGGGCACUUAAUUAUUUGUGUCCUUUGGGGUUGGAUUUUAAAUUCCAAAUUGUUUUGCAUCAAAGAGGAACAUCUUUGUGUUGAAUCUAAGUAUAGUUGCAUUGGUUUGGAAAAGCAUUUCAAGGUGCUUAAUAAUAUGAAAACGUGUGAUUCAACAACCUGUUUUGCAUAUUUUUAUAAUUUUGAGGAGUGAGCCGGGGAAGAGUGAGAUGGCGUUAUUUAAAAUUCAGAACUUUAUCUGGAGAGAGGUGUUUCAAAAAGUUUAGCCCAUGUGUUAAGGAAGGAGUUAGUCUAAAAAGAUUAAUCACUGAAAGGAAUGAUAUUGGUCUAUUUACAUCAAAAGUAGUUAAGAAGCUAAAAGGUACAGUUAACACGAGUUUGGUAACCCAAAAGAUACAAAGCAGAUCUAACCUAUAAUUUUCUAAAGUCAGUGCAAUCCUUUGUUUAUAAGAAGCUGGAAAGUAAUGUACCUUGAUUGUUUUAGGAAUAGUUUAUGUGUUACCAUUUUAAUUUAUUUAAAACAUGUCUCCUGUCUUUGUCCUAAGAGAAAUGUUUCAACAAAAUGUGCUCUGUGUUUAAGAUAUGUUUAGGCAGUAGUUAGCAGUUCCGAAAAUGGAAACUAGAAAUGUUUGUUGUGAGGUCUUUUGCAGAAUUUCAAUUUUGUGAGAUACUGUGUAGUCCCACGUCAGCCUACAGUUGUAAAUCCCGUGUAGAUCAUCACCCCCUUCAAAGCAGGUGCCAUUAUUUUUUUAAAUAAACAUUUGAUGUUAGCUUUGAUGUUCAAUAAAGAGUUUGAUUUCUUAAAUUUC